AUGCUGUCCCAACGGAUCCUAGCCCGGCGUCUGCCCCAGCUGGCUGCCCGCCAGGCCAUUGCCCCCCCCGCGCAUCAUUCUCUCAGGUUCCAGCUCUCCAACGGUGGCUACCAGAACCCUCCCCGCGUCAAGCGCGCCUUCAGAGACCCCUACGGCGGCUGGUGGGAUGCGCAAGAGAAGCGAAACUUCGGCGAGCCUGUCCACGAGGAGAACGAAAUUCUCGGUGUCUUCAGUCCUGAACAAUAUACUCAUGUCCCUGCCGGCAAGGGUUUCCUCCACCUCGGUAUCUGGGUUGCCGCCUUCCUCAGUGUGUGCGGCGUUGUCAGCCUCUACUACCCCGAUAAGCCCAGCGUUCCCAAGGUCUACGUUGAUGGCCUAGAGAAGGAAUUGGGUGGUCCAAAUGCUGUUCCGGCCCGCAAGGCUGGUGAGGACAAGUGGUAA